AUGGCCGCGCCGCAGCCUGCCCCCCCCGCCCCCGAGGCGCCGCCGUCUGCGCAAGUGGUGGGCAACGCGUUCGUGCAGCAGUACUACCUCGUGCUGCACCAGUCGCCGGAUCUGGUGUACCGCUUCUACCAGGACGCCAGCCGCCUCGCCCGCCCCGCAUCCGCCGCCGGAGCCGCCGGCAUGGACUCCGUCACCACCAUGGAGGCGAUCAGCGAGAAGAUAAUGGAGAUGGACGUGUCGAAAGCGGAGAUCAGGACGGUGGACUCGCAGGAGUCGCUAGGCGGCGGCGUCACUGUGCUAGUCACUGGCCACCUCACCGGCCGUGACGGAGUGCGCCGCGAGUUCUCGCAGUCCUUCUUCCUCGCGCCGCAGGAGAAGGGCUACUUCGUGCUCAACGACAUCUUCCGCUUCGUUGGGGACAUCCCUGCCCCUACCGCCGUUGAGGCGCAGCCGGAGGCGGAUUCUGUAGUCCCGCCUGUGGCUGCUCCACUUGCCAACGGCACAGCUACUCCUGCUGUGGAGCCUGCCAUUCCUGAUGAUCAUGAUACCGUGCCACAGCAGGAGCAUCAUGUUGUGGACCGAUCACCGCCUCAACCUGAGGAGGAGGACGAGGCUGAGGUUUACAAUCCGCCGCCAGAGGAAGUAGUGGAUGAGGAACAACCUGUUCCUGAAGUGAUAAAUGAAGUUCCAAACAAUGUGGCACCUGUGGUGGCAACUACAGUUGCCCCAGUGUUGCAGGAGGAGGCACCAAAGAAGUCAUACGCCUCCAUUGUCAAAGUCAUGAAAGAAGUUCCAUUGCCUGCUCCUGCACCUCCUACUAGGCCUGCACCGCCCAAACCAGAGAAGCAGUCUCCUCCUGCUCCUCCUCCUGUCACAGAUGUACCGCCUUUCAGUUCUAACCCUGACAACAGCAAUGUCCAAGAGCCUGAAGUUGAUGCUCAUGCAAUAUAUGUGAGGAGUUUACCUUUAAAUUCCACUGAAACUCAACUGGAGGAUGAGUUCAAGAAGUUUGGUACCAUUAAGCAAAAUGGCAUUCAAGUCAGAAGCAAUAAGAUUCAAGGGUUCUGUUACGGAUUCGUUGAAUUUGAGGAUUCUACUUCUGUCCAGAGUGCUAUAGAGGCUUCCCCUGUAACCAUUGGCGGUCGUCAAUGUUACGUUGAGGAAAAGAGGACACCAGGUUCACGAGGCUCCAGCAGAGGUGGCAGGUUUGCACCAGGCAGGGGCAACAACUUCAGAAGUGAAGGUACCAGAGGCCGUGGUAACUACGGUGGAGGAAGGGGCUACGGGAGGGGUGAGUUCAGUUACAGGUCGGAUUACGGGGGCAGAAGUGGUGGCAGAGGUGGCUCAGCACGUGGAGCUGAUGUCGGUUACCAGAGGGUUGACCAUGCUGGAUAUGCUGGUGGUCGUGGUGGCCGCACAGCAGCUGCUGGUGCACCUGCAAAAUGA